GCGCUGGAAUGCGGUGCAAAGUGGUUGUCACCGACGAUAAAAAGAUUCCUAAACCUUGGUAGGAGUGACUGCGGAGAGGGAUAACCACCAACAUGGCAACAGCACAGUCAGCGUUGACGUUCGCAGUGUGCAUUCUGAUGAUAACAGAACUGAUACUGGCCAAAAAGGAUUACUAUGAGAUACUGGGUGUGCCAAAAGAUGCCAGUGAACGUCAGAUCAAGAAGGCCUUUCAUAGGUUGGCUAUGAAGUAUCACCCUGACAGGAACAAGAGCCCUGAUGCCGAGGGAAAGUUCAGAGAAGUUGCAGAGGCAUAUGAGAUAUUGUCAGAUGAGAAGAGGAGGCGAGAGUAUGAUCAGUUUGGACAUAGUGCUUUCCCCAAUGAUGGGUCCAGGGAUGGAAAUGGCCAACACUCCCACCAGCCCUUCAACUUCAACUUUGACGACAUUUUCAAAGACUUUGACUUUUUCGGUCAGAAUCACGCCCGUCAAAAGAAGCACUUUGAGAACCACUUCCACGCCCACCAGGAGGCACAGAACCAGCACAAGAGGCAUUUCCAGGGCUCUGUGGGCGGAGGGAUCUUUGAUGACAUGUUUGACGACAUGGAGAAGAUGUUCACCUUCAGCAGCCACACGACACGGACAGAGAGCACGUUCCAAGGUUCCACUAAACAGCAGUGCAGGACAGUGACACAGCGCAGGGGUAACAUGGUGACCACCUACACUGACUGCUCCAGCUCCUGAGAUAGGAGCACCUUAGCACCUGCAACACCAUCCAUGGCUGUCCAGGGGCAGGCCUGUGGGGGCUUAGCUAUUUCCUUUUU